AUGCUGUCAAGAGCCGUGCAAUUGCCGCGCAAUAGCUUAGGCUACAUGCUCACCUGCCACCUCGGCAAGCUUCCGCUUGAGAUCCUGGAAAUGAUCGUCGAUAUCUCCCCACUCGCACUCACACUUACAUGCAAAACCCUGCGCAUUCUCAGCUACAACGCUCUUUUCAAAACUCUCAACGUUUCCCCAUCGCUGUCUUAUCUCGGCAUCUCUAGAUUCGUGCCUGUCACUCCCAAAGAAAUAAGCCGGCAAUUGGUCAGCUUGACACAGCUACUCAACGAUAAACAUAUCUGUAUGAGCGUAGAGAAAUUGAGACUCAACAUCAAUGACGACAGCGAGGUCGAUGGCCAACUCAAGGCAGAAGUUCUGUCAACCUCUGUGAUGAUUAACAACAAGCUCAAACGUGUCACUACGCUCGAGAUGGCUUGUGAUGACCUUCACCAUCUCGAGAAAUUACCAGCACUCACCACUGUCACUCACCUCAGAAUGGGCUUUGGCGCUGCACAGCCAACACUCAUUCCGGGUCUGGCUUCCAUCCUCAAGGUAAAUUACCCGCGUGUGGAAUCCCUCUACAUAAAUUUCGGUAGUCUACUUGACUCUACCUCUGUCGCGUAUGAUAGAUUUGCGCUCGUGUGGAUAGAGCAGUUUAGAAAUGCGCUCUAUGAUCAGAACUUUACCUGUCUUACAAAGUUGUGGGUCGAGUGCGUAUUUUGCCAUCUGCAUACUAUGGAGUACAAGAUGGAUUUCGACGAUCGCCUUUUCAGAGACCAUAUUUAUUGGUGCCGCACUUACAAGGACUGA